UGGUUAGCGUUUUAAGCAUCAUUGUGAAUUUGUGUUAUUUUUGUUGAUAGCUAUAUUUACCAGGAUUUUUGAAGCUUAGUGGUUAUAUUUGUUGGUAGAAUGUAUCGAGGUGUUAAGACUGAAGGUCAUUUUAAACCUUUAUCUUCGUGUUCACCAUGUUGUCAGUUAAGUUUAGAUGUUACAUGCAGGAACCUCAUAGAUGCUGAUGUGUUCUCGAAAUCAGAUCCAAUGGUGGUAAUGUACACACAAGGACUUGGCUCUAAAGAAUGGAGAGAGUUUGGUAGAACUGAAACCAUCUGGAACAACCUGAAUCCUGAUUUUGUUAAAAAGUUUAUCAUUGAUUAUUUCUUUGAGGAGAGGCAAGCAAUGAGAUUUGACGUGUACGAUGUGGAUUCAAAAAGCCCGGACUUAUCAAAACAUGAUUUUCUUGGCCAAGUAUUUUGUUCUCUUGGAGAAGUAGUUGGAAGUCCAGGAAGCAAAUAUGAAGCUCCUUUAAGAGGAACUUCAUCAAGAAACACAGGGAGGAUAGUGAUUAUGGCGGAAGAGCUGGAUUCUUCCAAAGACAUCAUAAGGAUGAAGUUUAAUGGAAGAAAACUCGAUAAAAAAGAUCUUUUCGGGAAAUCUGACCCUUUCAUGGUGUUUUGUCGAUGCAAUGAAAAUAACAGUUUCACAGUCUGCCAUAAAACGGAGGUAAAGAAGAACACCCUCAACCCAGAGUGGCAACUCAUAGAGAUACCUGUUCGUACUUUGUGCAAUGGUGAUCAUGAGCGAACGAUCAAAGUAGAAGUAUAUGAUUGGGACAGGGACGGCGGGCAUGACUUAAUAGGAAUUUUCACAACGUCGGUGAGCCGCCUGAGACGCGGAGCUGGUCCGGAUAAUAUUUACGAGUGCAUCAACCCGAAGAAAAAGGCGAAAAAGAAAAGUUACAAACACUCUGGUCUCGUCAACUUGCUUUCUGUCGAAGUUAAGAAACAAUUUACUUUCCUUGAUUAUCUUAGAGGGGGAACUGAUAUCAACUUAGUGAUAGCUAUCGACUUUACUGCGUCAAACGGGAAUCCUAAUCAACCGUCAUCGCUCCACUAUAUUCACCCUCACCAACCUAACCAAUAUGCACUUGCUAUCCAGGCGGUUGGCGAAAUAGUGCAAGACUACGACUCGGAUAAACUAUUCCCAACGUUCGGAUUCGGCGCUCGACUGCCACCUGAUGGAAGGGUUUCUCACGAGUUCGCGUUGAACUUUAAUCCAGCGAAUCCCAACUGCUUUGGAAUCCAAGGCGUAAUGGAAGCUUAUCAAUCCAGUAUAAGAUCUGUGCAGUUAUAUGGACCAACUAAUUUCUCCCCUAUUAUAAACCAAGUUUCCAGGAUAGCGGCAGGAGACACCAGUGGUUCACAAUAUUAUAUUCUGCUUAUGAUAACGGACGGUGUGAUAUCAGAUAUGGAAGCCACCAAGGAAGCGAUCGUCAACGCUGCAAGGCUCCCAAUGUCCAUUAUUAUAGUGGGCGUUGGACCUGCAGAGUUUGAUGCAAUGGAAGAACUUGACGGGGACACAGUUCGUCUUUCUUAUCGAGGUAUUGAAGCAGAGAGAGAUAUUGUACAAUUUGUUCCAUUCCGUGAUUAUGUUGCGCAAGGAAAGAGUCAAAUACUCAGCCAAGCCCGCCUUUCCAAAGAUGUACUUGCUGAGAUACCCGAUCAGUUAGUGGGUUAUAUGAAAUCACGUAACAUACAACCAGGUCCUCCACCACCAACGUACACGCAACAGCCAGGCCCAAGCGCACCCAGAUAGGCCUAGAUGAUGAACUGCUAAACUUGUGCGCCUGAUUUUGAACAGCAAUCAAUGCCAUAUAUCCUCUAGUAGCAGUAGCUCUUCAAGGGUAAACGAGUAAUCCGAGUGAGCCUUUUUCUUUUUUUCCAGUUCAGUGUUUAAUUUCUAUGAUCACUACCCUUUAAUUCUUUGUGCACUAAUCGUGUAUAUAUUCGUAUGAAGUUUUGCAGUGCCAUGCAACAUGUGAUAUGUAAAACCAGGUUUAAUAUCGAUCUGCCGAUUUUUUUGAGUUUGUUUUACCUGUAAAAUUGAAUUCGUUGGAUCAGAGUUGUUUUUUUUUUUAUUGAACUUAUAAUUACGUUUUUACGUUAGUACAUGAGAAAUAUUUGGGUGGGAGAAGACGGAAUGCCUUUUUAUUCUAUUAUUCUCGUCCCAUUUCGUAGUAGACAGAGAGAACAUUCAAAGAACUAUAAAACGGUGUCCCAUCUUACCCCACCCCACUAUAUAUCACUCUUCCAAACGGAGAAUAAGCACAAUCAAACUGCGCAGUUUUGUUGCAUCAAUUUUCAAUUUAAAGCCUUUUUACCAUUAAUAUGUAGUCACAUACAUUGUAUAGCAUAUAAGUUUCAAUACCAAUAUCGUUUUAAGUAGUUAUAUAUAUUGCACUAAUUGUGUUUUAGUUGUAAAUUAUUUUCCAAAAAUUUUUUUAUGAAGGUUUUUCAUUCCUUUUGUUUUUUACCUAAUCUCUGCAGUUGUAUAUGCAACAUUGUGCGUGGAUUAUUGCGGGCAUCGCUUUGUUUGGUACAUGGUGUAUCGUCCUUUGAUAUGAGUCUUCCAAAUCGAAAGCAAUCUUUUACUGUGUGUUUUACUUCAUAUUUAACCAAAAAAUAAAAGCCCUUUCUGCAGGU